AAUGAUUUUUAUCUUUCCUUGUCAAAGAAUUGAGGAAAUUUAUGGACUUUUUAUGUGACGUUAUCAGGCAUGGUCGCCUUUUUUAUGACGUCACUGUAAGAAAAUUUCAGAAGGAAAUAGGAAAAUAUAACGUCACAAUUAAAUUUCGACCAAUCAUUUGACGAGAACGGAUUGUUUACUAGUGAGGAGAAACUUUUCUCACACCGUGAAAGAAAAUGUCAAAAUCUUUGUCUGGAAAAGUGUGUUUAGUUACAGGAGCAACAAGAGGUAUUGGUAAAGGGAUAGCUCUUCAACUAGGACAAGCUGGUGCAACAGCCUACAUAACUGGCAGGACACUGACUGCAGAUAAGGAUGAUCCUAUUGGAGGUUCAUUGACAGACACUGCAAAUGAGAUAGAGAAAAGAGGAGGAACAUGUAUUCCUGUACAGUGUGAUCAUUCAAAAGACAGUGACAUCGAAGCAUUGUUUGGUCGUAUAUCGAGGGAACAAGAUGGCAGGCUAGAUGUCCUGGUAAACAAUGCAUUCAAUACUACUGAGGGUUUAAAAGAGAAUAUGGGGCAGCCAUUUUGGGAGCAACCUAUAACAAUGUGGGAUGCUGUUAACAACGUUGGACUCAGGAAUCACUACAUGUGUUCCGUGCAUGCAGCGAAACUGAUGACAGCAAGGAAGAAGGGGCUGAUUGUUAAUAUAUCGUCAAUGGGAGGACUUCAUUACACCUUUAGUGUUCCAUACGGUGUAGGGAAAGAGGCUUUGGACAGAAUGGCUGUGGAUUGUGCUAUUGAAUUGAGAGCUAGUAACGUUGCUUUCGUCAGUUUAUGGCCUGGUGCAGUACGGACAGAAUUCUUUACACAUAUGGUUAAAACACAAACAGCUGAUGAAUUUUUUAAUGCGGGACGAGCUGAAAAUGAGCCCAAUCUUGACUGUUCUCUAAUCUAUAGCAUAGCACUAAGCACUGAGUAUGAAGGAAAAGCAGUUGUAGCUUUAGCUACGGAUUCAAACAUAAUGAAAAAAUCGGGUAAAAUCUUAAUGACUGCAGACCUAGGAUAUGAAUAUGGAUUCAAGGAUAUAGAUGGAAGAGAACCGAUGAAUAUCAGACAGCUGAGCACACUUAUGCAAAUGAACCCAAAGACAAGAUGGCUGGCUAAUAUAGUUCCAAACUUUAUCUUUCUUCCAAAAUGGAUGUUAGCUUUAUCUGGAAACAAGUUUUAGUAGGCAUCCUGCAUUCCUCUCAUGCUCGUGCCAUGAACGAUAAGAUAUUUUUAAUGUUUUGUUAUUUACAUUCAUGUGCUAACCUUAUUAGUACAUAUACCGACAGAUAUUUUAUACAGCAAAGCAAAGUAUGCUGUACUGAAGUUUAAAAGAUUUUAGCGAUGCAUAUAUGCUGCCAUAUAAUGGAUUUUCAUUUACUCAUUGGACAACUGAAAAAUCCAGAUGAAACGAGUUUUUAACAUCAUU